AUGUUCCGCACCGCUCCUCGCAUGGCUGGAUUCGUGUUCCGUGAGAACCGUGUCCCUUAUUACCAGCGUCUCUUCCAGAAGCACGACGGCAAGCGUCAGUGGUACAAGACCGAGCGCAGCAACUACAUUAUGUACCCUUACCUCAUCUCCGUCUAUGGUCUCGGCAUUGCUACCACCUAUGCCAUGGGCCGCAUGGUCUUCGGCCACAAGACCUGGUUCGGUAAGGAGUAAACGCCUAAUACUUUGCCAUGCCAAGUAUGAUCCCGCAGCGUCUCGCGAUUGACAUUCCCUGACUCCAAUUGGCGGUAUGUCUGGGUUUUUGUAACGGUUCAUCUGAGAGGAAGACUGGGAUUAUCGACGUUGUACAUAAAUCAAGCUAGGGCGUCAAUGUGUGAAAUCUUUCCUCUUUCCUGUUUCGGCUUGAAGAUCCACACUACUAUUGUACCGUGCGAUUUUGGAGUUUCGAUAUGAGCACAGGACAUGCGAAGCACCUAGGUUCUUUUUCACCUAAAGAUGAGAAUGUGUAUCAUGUUGUUAUUAGGCGACUCUGCUUGCGGCAAUUAGCAGGGUUUCAUACCAGCACCUUACGCCACCUGAAAUCGGUCAACACUCUGACUGUGAGUAUGAGCGCUGUGUCUUGAUCGAAGGGCCUCUCUCAUC